UUAAAAACAUGAGCGAAGAGCAUGCUGAUUCUAGGCCAAAAUUCGGAAAUCGGUUUUUAACAGAAGACCGGAGUGUAUUUCAGCAUAAUGCUUGGUAUGAAAAUUAUUAAAAACGUUUCAUUUUUGCGAUAUUGUCAUACAAGAUACCGGAAGAAACCUAAAUAUGGAACUCGCUAUCUUUUAGAUAUGGCUGAUGUUUUUAAGUUUAAUUCCUGGGACGAUGUAAAAUGGGACGAAGAACAGGAACAACAAGCACUGAAAAAAGUACAAGAAAAUAGUGAAAUCAAAUUUUCCACAGAAGAUAUUAAUAAAUACGAAACAGAGGCGAAUAAAUUUUGGGAUGCUUUCUACGACAUUCACGAUAAUAAGUUUUUUAAAGAUCGCCAUUGGCUGUUUACUGAAUUUCCAGAAUUAAACAGUACUGAUGAGAAGGAAUUGAAUAUCUUUGAAGUAGGGUGUGGUGUUGGGAACACCAUCUGUCCUAUAUUACAAUACAGCAAAAAUGAAAAACUGAAAGUAUACGGAUGUGAUUUUUCAGAAAAGGCUAUCGAUAUUUUAAGGAACUCAGAGAUUUUUGACAAAAAGAGAUGUGAUGUGUUUGUUUUAGACAUUGCUAAAGAUGAAUGGACAGUGCCUUUUGAAGAAAACAGUAUGGAUAUAAUCAUUAUGAUAUUUGUCUUAUCUGCAAUUAAUCCAGAAAAAUAUCAGGCUAUAAUUUCUAAUAUAUACAAGUAUUUGAAACCUGGAGGGCUACUUUUAUUUAGAGAUUACGGGCGUUUUGAUUUAGCCCAAUUAAGAUUUAAACCUGGUAGAUCUUUGGGAGAUAAUUUUUAUGCAAGAGGAGAUGGGACCAGGGUGUAUUUUUUUAAACAAGAUGAAAUCAAGGAUCUUUUUGAGAAAAAUAAUUUUACUGAACUGGAAAUCAAAGAAGAUAGACGAUUACAAGUGAACAGAGGGAAAUUAUUGAAAAUGUACAGAGUAUGGAUACAAGGAAAAUAUCAGAAAAUAAAUUGAUGUUACAGUA